CCUCCUUCCUGUCGCUGCUCUUUUCUGCCGUCACCAAUACCUCAAUCCUGCUUACAGUAGAGAGCACUUCUAUUUGCGCGUGCUGCUGCUGAGCUCCUGAUAGAUACAUCAUUUUGCAGUCAGUUUGAGAUGCCGGCAGCAGCUACCGACAACCCAAAAAAGCGAGGUCGGCCGCCCAAAUAUGCUUCAGCAGAAGAAAAGAAAGCUGCAAACACACAAAGAAGGCGCGCUCAGAGAAGAGGUAAAGCUGCAGGAACACAGGCGGUGCUGUCUCAGCAGCAUCAAGUCAGAGGCCUAGAGCAAUCUACGUUCUUUGUGCCACCUUCAGCACCGCUGGCUCCAGGCGGGCCAUCUGCACUUGGUGGACUGCCAAAUAUUGCUCCAACUCGCCUUGAAGGUUUGGUACCGGAUGACAGCAACGACAUUGGAGAGUACCUUCCACCACUUAGCCGCUUUGGUAGCCCCUCGCUAGGUCCUACACCUACCGAGCCCGAUGACGUUCUAGAUCUCCUUAUAGCUAACGGUGACACGCCUAUAAGUGCUGGACAGUCAGUCGAAGCAGGGUUCGAUGGCAUUGCGACAAUCGACGACGAGACUGAAGCUCUAUAUGCAGAUGAGAGUAUCAUCACAGAUAAUAUGGCUAUCGAGAGUGAAGUUGAUGAAGUUGAGGAAGUCGGCGAACUUGCAAAUCGGUUGACGGACCAGCUGAUUCGACAUCAGGGAUGCUGCCAGCAUUGCCACCAGCGAUCACAAGAGGAGCAAACCGAACACCAUCCAACCUCUUAUGGUCUUCAGCAAUACCUAGAUGAGAUCGCAGAGGCUGUGGAUUGUCCGGAUAUACUAGCAUCGAAGACAAUGUCGACUCAUGGCUCCGACCUUGCUAGCCAUAUGGACGCAGCAACUAGGCGCCAACUUUACUGUGGGUUUGACAAGGAUAACAUCGUGCCAACCCCUAUCUGUUUGGAAGCAGACGACUAUGCAAAUGCAGCCGCUGAGGUUACCUUCGAUAUUGAUAGCGUCCUGGGCUUUCCCAAUAGUCUAGCAGUUGCGAAGCAAGGAGUCCGUUGGAACUCGACGCAGAUGACGGUCACAGACCUUCAAUCCGGCCUACAUCUGAAGACCCAACUCGCGCAUUAUAUUGAUGAUCACGGCCAUGCUCAUUCAGUACGGAAGCCUUUGCAUCAGCUACCACACUAUACCUUCGGACGGCUGGUCGGUCUUGAGGACGUUUCUCUGUACAUCUUUUUCCCAUACCUUUACCGAGAAGAACAAAAGGUAAGCCGUCUGACGGACGGAGACUUCCGCACCUGGAUGGAUCAAAUCCUGCUCCCGGUCAUAUACCGACACCACGAUAGUUCGCUCGUACAGCACUAUCCGUCUAGCUUUGAUCACGCACGCUAUAAUUCCACGGCUCGAGGGGUGGAGGGUCGAUCGCAGCGGUCGGAUGCUACGCCAAGACAGCAGCUUCUCUUCCAUUUCCUACCGCCAGACUCUCUCCAAGAAAUUUGGGAGGAUGUUCUUCAGGCCACUGAACGUCCCGGGCUGCAGCAGUUUCGUGGAGCGUUUCUGUUCCUUCAAGGUAAAAACCUCAAGUGUCUCACUAAAGACUUGACCUGGGAAACGAUGACUGCACGCUUUGACAAGUAUUGGGGAGAAGCCGUUGCAGAGAGUUAUAUGACUCCAGACGCCUACUUCGACGUGGGAAAAGAGGUGUGCCCAGCACUGAGGUCCUGCGUCGCAAGUGAGGCCGAGGAAGAAGACGGAGAGCGCGAGAUCCUUGCUAAAACACUGUUGUGGAAGCGAUGCUGCCUUGAGACAUAUGGCGAGUGGAUGAAAAGCUGGCAUGGUCAAGAAGAAGAUGGCCACCACAAUGUGUUUUAUCCCUUCAGCAUGCUACGCGACAGUGGGAGCUUAACGAUCGAGACUCAUCAGAGUUCGAAAAGUCGCGCAGGCGGGCUUCUCUAUAGCCAGUUCUACUCCAGCAUCAAGGAAGUUUUCGCUGCUGGUAACGUUUAUCCGUUCACCAAUGUGGCGAUAGAGACAUUAGCGCUCGAUCCUAAACUACGAAAGACGUGGCAGCAUGUUGGGGCAGGUCUCAGCCACAGCCCCGUCGCAUUGAUCCGGGCAUACCUCUACACCAAACUUCGCUGUCACUACGCUACCACCGGAUCAAUGCAGAAGUCUUUUGGUACCAGAGAAGAACAUCGCGUCUCCAGGAAGUUGUUCAGCAAGAUCGACGCUCAAUUCAAAAACCGAAAUAUACACACACAACACUUCCAGUUGAUGCAAGAGCGCAAUCGGUCACACUAUACUAUCUCAACCGCCACCAUGUUACAUUGGCUGCGAUGGAAUAUCAACAAGUUCUGCGUUGGGUUCGAAAUGGUCCACAGUCUCAACGAUCAUCAUUUCGUCACGUGGGAACACACCAGGAUCAUGCUUAUGUUUCUGCGGUGCCUCCAGUUCUCCUACGCCAGCGGGCUUAUACAGCGGGCUGGCGGUCUUUGGCAGGAUGUGCGCUUGGAAAGAAAUGCCAACCGACCAGAUGGGCUUCGACGAUACGAAGGCUUAGGGUUUCGCGACAGCAUCAAGCGACAUGGUUAUGCUUGGUUCAUGGACAAAGUGGACUGGGAAACAAUGACCUUUCGGCAACCGUUCGCUCAGUAUAUGAUGUUCAACAACCCAUCUAUGCAAGCAGUCUAUCAUGCACGCUAUAGCCAGAUCCGGGACGUGCGCAUUGAUUUCAUUCGGACGGACAAGACGCGCCAAUGGAUGGCGGAGUUUAGCGCUGUGCCGGUCUGCUUGGGCCUCCUGGAAGAACACCUCGAACAACUCUGUCUCUGCGCCUUCCGCAAAGAUGUGUUUUCCUCCAUCCGACAUUUGCUACAUAGGGACCAGGUCGAGGCGGCCUUGGCUGGCAAGAUCCCCUUGUGUUGGCCGAGUAUCAAUCGAGUCCUGAAGAACCAACAUCAGCCUCCUAAAUUAGCUGCGGGUAACCGACUGGCAGUCAAGAGUGUUGAAGUUCUUUUUUCGUGGCUAUGGGAGUGGAGAGACGAUCAGUUCGAGCGUAAGGGCUGGAACGAUAAGCCUUACAGGAUGCUGUACCAACAGAGCUUUGGCAUCAUUGAACGGAUACGAGGAAAACAGCAAGCUCGUGCUUGGAAGAAGAGCUUGAAGCGUACGUUCCUUCAAAGUCACUGGAUGCUCCCGUAUCCUCAGAGCCAGGGCUUCAUGCGCAAAUGCAGAGAGUCCGGCGAGGUGGUCUGGUGGCCUAGCUUUCACCUUGGUCUCAAAAGAUACUACGAUCAGUUAAGAAAGCAUGGAGAGGUACUAGAGUCGUUUCCUGCAUCCUACAUAAAACACCAUCCCGUCAAUGGCUGGGGUCUAGCCCAUGGAUGGCCAGGAUACAUGCCAUACGAAGUUAGACCCAAACAACACCUUCUGGAGCUAUCGGAGACAGAUCUCUAUCUUCGAUUGCUCGAACUGCAGCAGGACUACAAUACUACGUCUAGACAAACGUCGAGUGCCACAAUGAGGGACUCAGUCCAAGUCUACGUGAUCAAAGACAUCAUUGAAGACCCAGCUUGGAAACGUAAACCUAUGAAGAGCUGGGAUGUAGGUCAUUGCAGCGUUCAGCUUAACAAGGAGCUGGAGAAAUAUGAGAUCCUACAACAUUCCCGUCGAAUUUUGCGCAAACGCAAGCGGGGUGUUAGUAUAGACUCUGGGACAGAAAGCGGUAGCAUCGCUGAAGUCGAACUAACUUCUGACGAUGACUCCCUUGAGCAGCAGAAAAAGAAACAAUACGAGGUUGUGAAACAGGUGGAAAAGCAAAUGCGAGCUGGCAUAGAAAAGGACCGCGAAAGGUGGGGUAAGCCCGACGUACACGAAGGUAUACUUAAGAUGCAUGAGCCCAGAUUGAGAAGGAUAGGAUAAGCUAGCCUUUUACAGAAUACGAAAAUGAUAGGGUGACGGAGAGCAUAGGGUGACGGAGAGUAUAGGGAUUGCAAAACCCCGGUUUCCACCCCCAAUACCGCUCCGACCUCCCAUUGUCGCAGCAAUCUGCAGUCAGCCCUUCGUUUACCGCCAGCAAGACAGAGAGCAGCAUUGCAAGCGAGCAUUUUG